GACACUUGAAGACGCUUAGACAACAUCUUAAUAAACUUUGACAGAAAGAAGAUCUACAAUGGCCAGAAACCAUGGUUUCAUUACUGAUGUGGAUCUGAGAAGUCGUGAAAACAAUUUGGACCACCGCACCAAGGAGAUUGAUCGAGAGCGCUUGAUUGUGCGCAGGGGUCAACCCUUCUCCAUACUCUUGCAGUGCUCAAAGUCUCUUCCCCGCGGGCACUGCCUGGAAGUGGUCCUGCACCUUGGAAAGAAAGAUGAGGUCAUAAUCAAGGUUCUGAAGGAACGUGGGGCCGGAGACCGCUGGUGGUUUAACCAGCAGGAGGUGCAGGAUGAAAUCCUCUUGACUCUGCACAGUCCAGCAGACGCUAUCAUUGGCCAGUACCAUCUGGUUGUGUUGUUGAUGUCACCCGAUGGGAGAAUUUUAGAGAAAACUGACAAAAUUGGAUUCCACCUGCUCUUUAAUCCAUGGUGCAAAGAUGAUGUAGUGUAUCUCCCCGAUGAGAGUCUGCUCCAGGAGUAUAUUAUGAAUGAAGAUGGUGUGAUUUACAUGGGGGUCUGGGAUGUCAUCAGAAGCAUUCCCUGGAAUUAUGGACAGUUUGAAGACUAUGUGAUGGACAUCUGUUUUGAAGUCCUGGACAACUCCAAGGCUGCCCUGAAGAACUCAAAGAUGGACAUAGAGUGCAGAUCUGACCCCAUCUAUGUCAGCAGGAUGAUUACUGCAAUGGUGAACGCUAAUGAUGAUAGAGGUGUGCUGUAUGGCCGCUGGAAAGAGCCAUACUCUGAUGGCAUUCCCCCACAUCGAUGGACCGGCAGCGUGCCGAUUCUCCAAAAGUGGAAGAGGGAUGGGAUCAAAGCAGUCAAAUAUGGCCAGUGCUGGGUGUUUGCUGGUGUCGCCUGCACAGUGCUGCGCUGUCUGGGAAUUCCUACACGCCUCAUCACCAACUUUUCUUCAGCUCAUGAUGUUGAUGGAAACCUCCUUAUAGAGUUGGAGUUGGAUGAGAAAUACGAGCUUCUUCACAGAUCAGACAGGGGCGACAGUAAAUGGAACUUCCACUGUUGGGUUGAGUCUUGGAUGAGGAGAAAUGAUCUCCCCAAAGGAAAUGAUGGCUGGCAGGUUUUGGACCCCACCCCUCAAGAACUGAGUGAUGGUGAGUUUUGCUGUGGUCCAUGUCCAGUGACAUCCAUCAAGCAGGGUAAUCUGGGAGUAAAGUAUGACGCUCGAUUUAUCUAUGCUGAGGUGAACGCUGACAUCCUCUAUUGGUUGGUCAAACGGGAUGGCCAGCGGCAGAAGUUCAGAGUGGACCAGAGUGAUGUGGGGUUGAACAUCAGCACCAAAAGUGUUUAUGGCAACUACAGAGAAGAUCUCACUCUCCAGUACAAAUAUCCUGAAGGAUCACGGGAGGAGAGAGAAGCAUACGAGAAGGCGGGACGCCAAGCCAGGGAGCUGACCAAUGAGAGGGCAGAAUCAGGACAACUGCAGUUGUCCAUCAAACAUGCUAAACCUGUAUUUGGGACAGACUUUGAUGUGAUUAUUGAGGUGAAAAAUGACGGAGCCAAAAAUGCUACAGCUGAGCUGACCAUGUUGGCCAUGGCUGUAACUUAUAAUUCUCUUCACCAAGGGGAGUGCCACAGGCAGACACACAGUGUGACUGUGCCAGCUCACCAAACCCACAAGGAAGUGCUGCGUCUGCGCUAUGACAACUAUGCCAAUUGUGUCUCUGAGCACCAUCUGAUCAGGGUCAAGGCGUUCUUAGUGGCUCCAGGGGAGAACAAACCUCUGAUGACUGUGGCCAACAUCCCAUUGAGCAGGCCUGACCUCCUCAUAAAGGUGCCUGGGAAAGCUGUAGUCAGGAAACAAGUGACAGCCUACAUCUCCUUCACCAAUCCUCUACCGGUCCCACUAAAGGGUGGCGUAUUCACUGUAGAGGGGGCUGGCCUACUCAAUGACACUCAGAUCCAUGUUAAUGGUGCUGUCCAACCAGGCGAGAUGGUGUCUGUCAAGUUCUCCUUCCUUCCCAGGCGGACUGGGGUCAGGAAGCUCCUGGUGGACUUUGACUCUGACAAGCUGAAGGAUGUAAAGGGAGUUGCUACUAUGGUUGUCCACAAAAGAUAUUACCUGUAAUCUAAAUUUAAUGACUAGGAUUUCAGCUAAAUAAAACAAACACAUCCAAAAUUGUGUGAUAAUGU